AUGUGCACCUUAGAAAAGUCUGGGAACCUUUUCUAUUUAACACUCACCGGUGAUGGUGAUGGUGAUGGUGGCGUUGACCACCAGCAUCGCCUCAAUUUAACUAUCAUCUCUUCCAUUCGAUCAGCUCUCUCGGACGCCAAGUCCCAAGCCACACCCGGCUCGGUCCUUGUGACAAUUGCUCAUGGCAAAUACUUUUGUAACGGGUUUGACAUCAACCCAGACUCUCUUGACAUAAAUACACUUCUUCACAUCAAUUCAAUCUUCAAGUCUUUGGUCGCAGACUUCAUGUCCUUCCCGAUGCCCACUAUUGCUAUCGUUACUGGCCAUGCGGUCGGUACAGGACUAGCCCUUGCUAUGUGCCAUGACUAUGUUGUCAUGACACGUGGUCGAGGUGUUUUGUAUAUGUGCGAGAUCCACAUGGGGAUAUCAUUACCGGAUUUUGGGGUUGAGCUCAUCAAAUCAAAGGUGGCAAAGCCGGAUUCCCUAAGAGACAUUUUGUUGGGUGCAAAGAAGGUUAAGGCGGACCAGGGAGUGGCGAUGGGGCUAGUUGACGUGGCAUAUGACAGCACAGAGAAUGCGGUUGAAGGUGGAGUGCGCAUGGGACAAGAGUUAUCAAAGAAGAAGUUUGAUGGCGAAGUGUAUGCAGAAAUACGCAAGUCUAUGUAUCCUGAGUUGUGCAGAUUGUUGGGAUUGGGUUCCAAAAAUGUGAUGAUAAAGCCACGGCUUUAA